AUGGAUAUCAUUGUCGAUACACAAACAUAUAUGAUCCAUAUACAUAUCAUUGAUGAUUUCCCAAAAAGGGAGGAAAGAUCGGAAUAUUGUACUUGCAACAUAGAGGAAUCAUCAGAACAACAGGGUAAUCCAUCAGAUAGGACAAGUUCCAUCAAAGGUAUGUUUGAACAGUUCAACAGGGACAUGGCAGUAGGUGCUUGUAUAGAUUCAGCGUUAUUCGGUCUCUUUUCAAUGGGUACCCAUACCAAUUCCAAUGAACCCAUACUUGAAUCCAUUGUCCCAUCAAUCUCAUUAUUCAUUCAUUCAUAUCUAUAUAGCUAUACAACCUACUAUAUUCACACUAUUGAAAUCGUUUCAACAACAACAACAACAGUACAAUUAGCAUAUAUUUAUAUAUUUACUACACACAGAAUAUCUAAAUAA